AUGGUGGCGGGCGCCCGCGGUGGAUGCGCUCCGGCUGGGGCUGCCCGGCGCGUCCUCCUGGCCCUGCUGCUGGCGGUGUCCGCCCCGCUCUCGCUGCGGGCGGAGGAGCCGGGUGAUGGCUGUGGGCACAUAGUGGCUUAUCAGGACAGUGGCACAAUGACUUCCAAGAAUUAUCCAGGGACUUAUCCCAAUCACACAGUUUGUGAAAGGACUAUCACAGUACCAAAGGGGAAGAGAUUGAUUCUGAAGUUGGGAGAUUUGGAUAUUGAAUCCCCGCAGACCUGUGCUUCUGACUAUCUUCUCUUCACCAGCUCUUCUAAACAGUAUGGUCCCUAUUGUGGAAGUAUGACCAUGCCCUUAGAACUCCGGCUGAACACAAGCGAAGUGACUGUUCGAUUUGAGAGUGGAUCCCACAUUUCUGGGCGGGGUUUUUUGCUGACCUAUGCCAGCAGCGACCACCCAGAUUUAAUAACAUGUUUGGAACGAGCCAACCAUUAUUUGAAGACAGAAUACAGCAAAUUCUGCCCAGCUGGUUGUAGAGACAUAGCAGGAGACAUUUCUGGCAAUGUGGUGGAUGGCUAUAGAGAUACCUCUUUAUUGUGCAAAGCUGCCAUCCAUGCAGGAAUAAUUGCAGAUGAGCUAGGAGGUCAGAUCAGCGUGCUUCAGAGCAAAGGGAUAAGUCGAUAUGAAGGAGUCCUGGCGAAUGGUGUGCUCUCAAGGGAUGGUUCCCUGUCGGACAAGCGAUUUCUCUUUACGUCCAGUGGGUGCAGCAGAUCCUUGAGUUUGGAACCUGACAGGCAAAUCAGAGCUUCUUCUUCUUGGCAGUGGGUCAAUGAGAUUGAAGAACAAGUGCAUUGGUCUCCUGGCCAAGCCCGACUUCAGGACCAAGGCCCAUCGUGGGCUUCAGGGGAUAGCAACAAGAACCACAAACGAGAGUGGCUGGAGAUUGAUUUGGGAGAGAAAAAGAAAAUAACAGGAAUUAGGACAACAGGAUCCACACAGUCAAAUUUCAACUUUUAUGUUAAGAGUUUUGUGAUAAACUUCAAAAACAACUCCAAGUGGAAGACCUAUAAAGGAAUUGUCAAUAAUGAGGACAAGGUGUUUCAAGGCAACUCUAAUUUUCGGGAUCCCGUAAGGAACAAUUUCAUCCCUCCCAUCGUGGCCAGAUAUGUACGGGUUGUGCCCCAGACAUGGCACCAGAGGAUAGCUCUGAAGGUGGAGCUUAUCGGUUGCCAGAUUACACAAGGCAACGAUUCAUUGGUGUGGCGCAAAAAAAUCCCUAAUGUUGGUUCAACUAAAAGAGAUGAUGAGACAAUCACAAAAUCCAUCCCCCCUGAAGAAAUACCCACAGGAAUAAAUAUCACAGCUGUUGCUAUCCCUCUGGGGCUCCUCAUCCUGCUGGCUGCUGGAAUGGGAAUCUUCGCAGUCCUUAAAAAGAGAAAGAAGAAGGGAAAUCCUUACGCAUCAGCUAAGGCUCAGAAAACAGACUGCUGGAAGCAGAUUAAAUAUCCCUUUGCCAGACAUCAGUCCACCGAAUUCACCAUCAGCUAUGACAAUGAAAAGGAGAUGACACAAAAGUUAGAUCUCAUCACAAGUGAUAUGGCAGAUUACCAGCAGCCUCUCAUGAUCGGCACGGGGACAGUCACCAGGAAGGGUUCCACCUUCCGGCCGAUGGACACUGAGGCCCCCGAGGCCCGGGCGAGCGCGGAGGCCCGCGGCCACUACGACUGCCCCCUGCCGGCCGGCCGCCACGAGUACGCCCUGCCCCUGCCCAACCCGGAGCCCGAGUACGCCACGCCCAUCGUGGAGCGGCACCUGGCCCGCGCGCUCACCUUCUCGGCGCAGAGCAGCUACCUAGUCCCGGGGCCCAGGCCCGCGCACAAACACUCUCUCUCUUCUGGCAGCUUCUCCCCGGCAGCAGGAGGGGGAGCCUCGGGCUACCAAAUGCCGCAGAGCCCCGCGCCCGCCGACCCCGGCUAUGAUCAGCCCAAAGCCAGCGGCUGCUUCACCGCGGAGAUGGCAGAUUCUGACUAUCAGAAGCCACAGAUGAACCCUGCAGUGGAUGACGCUUACUCAGCCCCCCGAGACUGCCUCAAUCCCCUCAACCAGACAGCCAUGACUGCUCUUUUGUGAGCACAAUGUGAAAGAAACCUGCUGUGGUACUGAGCAUCGGGCUGUGUGUGCAUGUGUGUGUGUGUGUGUGUGUGUGUGUGUGUGUGUGUGAGAGAGAGAGAGAGAGAGAGAGAGAGAAAAGAGACUUAAUAGGAUCCUACGGUGGAAUCCUAGAGACCACCUCUCACACUGUUUACAAAAUUGUGCAGCUGGUUUUGUUCUGACCCUUGGGGCAAGAAUCUCUUGGGUUUUGUUGGGCUAGAAAAAUGAAAAUUUUCAAAUGGCAUUUUCAUUUCUCUAACUGUGAUAUUGAGCUGCUUUGGUGUAAAAUGUGCAAUCUGUACAGAGUUGUAUUUAACAAGAAUUAAAGUAACUUAAGUUUGCUUUAUCAGAUUUUAGUUCUGCACAGAGGUUAAGUGGGAGAAUGCAGCUGUUGCAAAAGCAUAUAUAAUAGUAUGUUCACUUUUUAAAUAUAUUUUAUCUGAUACUGUAUUAGCAGCAGGUUUGUAUAAACUUAAUCUUGUUGUGGGUCAUUUCCUUUCCUUUGAUAACUAGAACUAAAAGCAUUGUUAACAUUCUUCUCCUGGAAGAAAUGAAAUUACUUGAAGCGUGAAAAGCACACCAGGGUGCUUGUUAGCAAUUAUGAUUGUAGAAUUUUUAAAACCUAACAAUGGCCUAGGCAGCUGCAGGCUCCUUAGACUCCAGUUCAGCCUGGGAUGUGCAGUGGCAGCUGGAGCACACAGGGAGACAAGAGGUCUCUGGCCUGCAGUGGGCCUCACUGACCCCUUCCUAAGUGGUGUGGCCCUGAGGAACCUGUCUUCCAGCCUCACACUUUGCAUCUUCCUCACCUCAAGACAUAGCACAUACUGUUCCGAUUUCACAUGCAAAUCUGCCUUUUCAAACUGUCUGCAAAGCCAAAUGCUUUCACGUAACCAAAACUGCCCUCCUAGCAAAUCCAACGAAGAUGGCACAGCAAUUACAGUCUGAAUUACCUGGUCAAAUGCUUCUGUAUCUCAGAUUUAAAAUAUUGCUAGGAGCCUCCCCUGGUCGCACAGCGGUUGAGCACUGGGCUGCGUGGCAGCCUCUGCAGCUCCGGUUCGUUCCCCGGCCACUGGUGAGGGUCCCACAAAAAAAAAAAUAUUGCUAGGUCAGAUUCCCAUUCUUUUCAUGACUUUCUUCAGAAAUAGCACAUUGGGCUGUGAAGCACAAAAAGGUUAUUCAAAGUGUGUUCUUAUAAUAGUGACCAAGGCCAAAUCUGCAUAGGGAUUUUCUACUGAGAUGAUUGGGAACCAACUGAUUUUCUAAGAAACAAUUUUCCUCUCCAGCAUGUCUGUAAUUCCUGAUUAGCCCAGACCUCAGCCAUACCUCAUCUUCAUGUUCAAUUGUUUGCUUUGUGAGUUAACUUGGGGGGAGGGGGGUGUUGAUUUACCCUCUUUUGCCAAAGAGGAAAGUGUGUGUGUUUGUUUUAUUAGAAAUGUGGACCAAAAAAAUCCCUUUCCUAAAAGAUGUAUUAUCCUAUUUGUAUGAUUAUAACUUUCUGUGAAAUGUAUCAUUAUUAAAAUAGUGAGGGUGCUGGAAGGUCAUGCAGGCCAUCUGUUGGUUAUUGUGGAAGAUAAACAGUUUACUAUGUGGCGUUUACAUGGUUUUAUACGUUUGCAUACUAAUUUUAAUAAACUAUGCCAGAUCAAAGUGCCCCUGCCUCUCAUUGGUGCCCUGUUUGCUACUAUUGAAGGCACUCGAGGCCCCACCUACAGAAAAGGAGUACAGGGAAAGAGAGGUUGGAGUCAGAUAGCUCUUGUUGCUGACCUUGAUCUGCCAUCAAUAGCUGAGGUAUUUGGGGAAAUUAAGAUCAACCAAAUGGUAAUAAGCAAUGUGAGUGAGAAAGUGCUAUAGCAGGGGAGUCAGCCACCACCACUUGCAUUUUGGCAGAGACUCAAAGGCAGCAAUGGGUG